AUAAAAAUGAGUGGGUUGUUAUAUCAGCAACCGAACAGAUCCCUCAUCGCAAAGAUUUGAUCUCUAGAGAUUCCAGAAAUGGCCACCUCCGUCAUGACUUCCCUCCCUCAAUUCAGUGGCCUCAGACCCCAAGUCUCUGCUGCUCCGGUUCACAACCUGGUUGCUGUGCCCAUGAGGAGGAAGGGGCAAGGAGCUUUGGGAGCUCGCUGUGAUUUCAUUGGUUCCCCCACAAAUCUGAUUAUGGUGGCGUCAACAACCUUGAUGUUGUUUGCCGGAAGGUUCGGGUUGGCUCCGUCGGCAAACAGGAAGGCCACGGCGGGGCUCAAGCUUGAAGUCAGGGACUCCGGCUUGCAGACCGGCGACCCUGCUGGUUUCACCCUCGCCGACACCUUGGCCUGCGGCACCGUCGGCCACAUCAUCGGCGUCGGCGUGUUCUUGGUCUCAAAAACAUAGGUGCUCUGUAAACAUCGCAAUAUACUUUUCUUUCUAAUCCAUCUCUUAAUCUACUCUUCAUUUCCUCGUUA